AUGUCCACAUUACUUCCAAACACGGUAGAACCAGACCUUGUUGCUGAUAUCAAUGAGCAAUAUCAUGACGUCUAUGAGAACCGUGAGGCAGCAGGGGACAGGAUCGUUCUUGCGGAUAUGUACACAUUUCUCACCACAGACGAUCUUCAAGAUGGUACCCAUCCGACUGACUAUGGGUAUGAAAAGAUGGCGUCGGUAUGGUGGGCAGCUAUUCAGACUGCUCUAGCCAACAACUAUCUUUCUGCACCAAUCGACACGGGGGUCAGUGAUUUUCCGAACAAUACUUGCGAACAAAUAUAUGAGAGCAGUAGUACGGAUAACUACGCUCAAACACAAGAAGAGAGCGGAACAGAUGAUGGGAAUUAUGUACACACUUCGCUGAACAUGGGUCGCCUUCUUAAUAUUGCUAGCGUCGCGGGAGACAUAUAUCAGGGGGUCAAUCUCGCUCAGUUGGUCAACGUGUACGGAGCCUACAGAGAAAAUGCACUAGAUGAGCUGGUUUGGACCCAUGAUGGCGAAGGUACCUACAUGUUUUUGAACGAAAAUUCGGGGGAAUUCGGAUCAUCUGUUGAAUUGGACGUCAAAAUUCCGUGUUUGGCCAAAGGGGUUCAUUGGGGCGACGUCAAUAAUGAUGGCUUAGACGACUUUAUUUGCAUCGGUGCAGAUGGUGCAAUGUACGUCGCCAUCAACCAAGGAGCAACUGAUAACGUGCCUACGUUUGAGGAUAUCGGGCAGGUGAUGGCUGCGCCGGGUGGUAACCUGACUCAGACAAACGUCCGGCUUGGGGACAUUGAUGGCGAUGGACGUAUCGACUAUUGUUUGAUUGCAGACAAUGGUGAUAUCCAGUGCUGGCGCAACGGUGGCCAAAGUGAUGCCCCAACUUCUGCAUACGGUGGCUACUGGCAGGACUUAGGCAUCGUAUUCACAGGAAAAGGAAUGGGUGACAUUGCUGGUGUUCGAUUUGUCGAUAUCAAUGGGGACUUUCGUAGCGACUGGUUAUGGGUGGACGAUACUGGCAAGGUAACAACAUAUAUCAACAAUCGCGGCACCGGAAAGGGAAGUUUAGUACCAGAUUGGAUCUCUGUUGGUGUCACUCAUGCAGGCAUGGGAGUAGCUGGAGCUAGAGAUCGCGUGAAGUUUGGGAAUGUGUACGCUGGCAACGGAGCAGAUUAUUUGUAUGUCGAGUCCGUUGAGUCUGCUUCGAAUGCUUCAAUCGAUGACAACUAUGCCCAUGUUUGGAAGAAUACCGGGCAUGGAGGGACAACUUUGAAAGGCGACGGUGACUACUACUGCGACAUGAGAGGAACCGGCAUGGAUGACUAUGUCUGGAUCUCUCCAGAUGGUGUUGGCUAUCUGUAUGGCAACACACUCAAACCAUCAGAUUGGGAUCCUGCCGGACUUGAAAUAUUUGAGACGGCCACAGAACGGAAAGCUCUUCAUCUAGCCGACUUUGAUGGCGACGGCAAGUGCGACCUUUGGCUCGUAGAUAGAGCUACCGGAGCAGCAGAAGUAUGGAUUAACAACUGGGACUCUUCGACAAUGAAUUGGGAUAAACGUGGCGUGGUCACCGGCGACGCAACUUGUACUCAAGGUUGGGGCGUUGGACUAUAUGAUAUUGGUCUUCGCUUUUUUGAUAUCAACGGAGACCGACGAGCCGAUUAUUUGUGCAUGGAGCCCGAUGGCCGCACAACAGGAGCACUAAACCUCGGUGAGAACGAUUUUCAAGAUAUUGGUCAAAUCAAGCAUAGUGAAGGGUAUGACCGUGCAAACCAUCAAUGGGCCGAUGUAAACGGUGAUGGUCUGGUAGACUUCCUCUGGGUUGACAAAUUUAGCGGAGAUGCAUCGGUAUGGCAGAAUGGUGGACAAAUGCCUAGUGGCACUUUGAUAGAUGGCUCCUCGUUUCAAUGGACACCGUUGGGAGCUCGUUAUGAAGGGGAAGACAGAGGGGCAAAUAUACACUUUCCUAAUAUCGGAGGUCUUGGACGUGCUGAUUAUCAACAAGUUAUUCCACGAACAAACGUCGCAUACACCUGGUAUAACGUCUGCCCGGGAGGCGGCAUCAGUGCACUGGAUGAUGAGAGUGCUUCAAUUGAUCCGGACCUCCCGGCAUAUUCAGGUAGUUGA